UCCCCCUUAGCAAACGAAGUGGAGUUUUACUGUUUAUCGACCAUAUUUUGGAGAUUAUGGCUGAUUGUUUUUUGGUCUUGCCACCAUUGACAAGGGACAAAGCUGUCAUUCUUGGGAAAAACUCUCAAAGACCAGCAACAGAAGUUCAGGAAGUGAUUUACAAGACAGCUAAAAUAAAUUCAGAUGGUGCAAAAGUUCAGUGCACAUACAUUGAGGUAGAUCAGGUCAAAAAGACAAAUGCUGUGAUCAUCAGUAAGCCUGCAUGGAUGUGGGGGGCAGAAAUGGGCUCCAAUGACCAGGGAGUAUCUGUUGCCAUGGCACCCAUCUGGACUAAAGUGAAUGGGCCAAGUGACCUUGAGGAGAGAUUACUAGGUCAGGACCUGACAAGGCUUGCAUUAGAAAGAGCUAAUACAGCCAGAGAUGCAGUAGUGGUGAUUACUAAACUUCUAUCACAGUAUGGCCAAGGGGGUGCAGGAUGUGAAGAGACUGGAUCACAGAAAUGGGGUCAUCAUAAUAGCUUCCUGAUUGCAGAUAAAGAGGAGGGAUGGAUCUUAGAAACAGCAAGAAAUUAUUGGGUGGCCAAAGUUAUCAAAGAUGGAUUUUAUAACAUCUCCACCACACCAACCAUUGGUUGUGAUUUUGAUAUGAGUUCUGAGGACUUGGUAGAGAGGUGUAUAAAGGAAGGUUUAUACAUAACUGAUAGUGGACCUUUCAACUUUGCUGCCAUUUUCUCAGACCCACAGAGGGAUGAGGGGGGCACUGCAGAUCGCAGGGAUAAAGGACGACAGCUGCUGGAAAAAUUCACAGCUAAAAAGGAAUUUGGAUUGGUUGAGAUGAUGGAGAUUUUGCGUGAUCAGGAAAGUAAUAUCUGCAUGUCAGGACCAUUUAUGACAACAGGAAGUAUGAUAUCAGUGAUUUCCCCUAUUGUUCCAGCAUGCCACUGGCUGACAGCGACUCCAAAUCCUGUAGCCAGCUUCUUCAAACCCUUCAUCUUCUGCCCUAACAACCAAGCUGGGACAUUAACAUCAUCACCAUUCUAUGGAGAAAAGAACACAGUAAAAUUAACACCCCAGGAGCAAGUUGACCGAAGUCAUCCACUUGUUGAGGGGCACAAAAAACUCCUGGAUCUCCUGGAGCAGGAUGAGCUACAAGGUCACAUGAUUAAGAAGAAUCUUAGAGAACUAGAGCAGAAUUGUCUUGAGGAUAUCAAGGAGGUUUUGUCUCAGUUUACUGAACAAAGCUGUGUCAAAGUUGCUGCUAUAUUUAGCCACAUGUGUAAUAUUGAAAUGAACUUUUACAAAAUGUAAGUUUCUUCUCCAUGUGUCAAAUUUCAUUAUUGUUAUUAGAUUAGCAGAAAGCUUUAGUAGCCAAUUUAAGCUUUUUAAAAGACUCUUUGAAUUAUUUAAGGAAUAACUGUCUAAUUUUUUGGUUUCAUGAUGUGAUCAAUCGAUUCGUGAUAAUUUGCAUAAAUGCCUUCGGCGUUUAUGCAUAAAAUUAUCACGCAAGCCAGUCGAUUGAUCAUCGUCAUGAAACCAAAAAAUCUGACAGUUAUUCCUUAUAUUUAUAUGCUCUUGAUUCUGCAAAGUCACGUGCUACAAGCCCCGCUUCUGUCUCUAUUUGUCCCGCCCUGAACGUGAUUUUUUUUUUCACCAUGCCUUUCGAUGAACCAGUGGAUUUAUGUAGAAAUAAAGUAUUUUUACUAUUUGAAAUUUUAUCUCGGACAAGGACAUUGGAAAUGUAAAUAUUUAGAAAUAAAUACUAGGUUUUGAAAUUUUUUCUGAUGUAGGGAAUCUUAGAUAAAAUCAAAAAAGUACCCGGACUAGUUCUGUGCAAUUUGAGUCAGAGAAUUUUUAUUUUUAUGAGAAAAAUUCUUUUUGGGUGAGUUUUUUAUAAUGGUGUUGAUGAAGUGAGAAAUAAAUAUAAUUCCAGAUUACACAUAUUUGCUGUAACAUAUAUAUGAAUAUGUAUUUUGAUAAUGUGUAUUUUGAUGAUCAGUAGACCUACUUCUAUUGAAUAAUUUAAUAAUGAUUUAUUAAGCAACCUUUGAAAUAUUGCAAGCAAAAAACUUUCAAAACUUACCUCUUCAUACAGUUUUGGUAUAAUGGUAUAAUAUAACACAGAAGAAAGCUAAAUGUAAUUAAAACACAGGUGGGUAAUACACAUUUAUAUUUAUUAAAGAUACAAAACAUGGUGCAUAAAAUAUACAAGGAUAGUUUUGGCUUUCUGAUAUCUUCAGAACAAUAAAUUAUAUUUGUUUAAGAUAUAUUCAUCUGCAGGAUAAGGAAAAGAGUAUUAUUUCCUCACAUUCCUAAUGCUAUGCAUAGAAUAAAUUUGCUAGAUGUUUAUUUUAGCAUUUUUUGAUGUCGACAAGAAAGAUUUAGUGUGAGAGGAACACUUUCAGCUGAACAGUUGCAAUGUAGGAGUAUAAGCAGGGUUAUAAAACUUAGUUGGUU